AUGAGACUUCGAUUGACGGUGCAGAGGAACGGUCUGCCCGCUGCCAACAUCCUCUGGAGCGUUCCCGAAACCAAUAGUACACAGGCGUACACCAUUACGCGUUUGCUGGAGGAUGUCAACCACAUUAUCCCGCUAGAGGCUGAGCACUGGGGCCUGGAGCAUUAUGUCGUCGAGGUGGGCGGCUUCGAGUGUCUUCACUUUAUGCCUGUCGUCAAUGCGCUCAAGGAAGAUGACCAUGUUUCCAUCCGACCGCUUAUGACAGCAGAAAUACGCGCGCGCACCCUCACUGGCCGCGACCAGAUAUCCGACGGAGGUCAACACCUUGUAGAUGGCAUUCCUUUCGGUCGACCCUACCUGCGACAGCCAAACCGACCGCCCGUUCGCAUACCUCCACGCAAGCGACGCCGACUCGACGACGGAGAAGCAGAGGCAGAGCCGGAAGCCACAGCUUUACUUAUGGAACAUGGUGAAGAAGUCGAAGAAGAAGAAGAAGAGCCUCUUCCACUUUUGAACGGUCAUACAGUCUCUAGGAGUGGUGUAAACAAGUCUGGGAAAGAAUCCAAGACGGUACACUUCCAGGAGCCAGAGAUUGAUGAAUCAGAUGAUAGUGAGGAAGAUGACGACUUUGUGCCAGGAGAUGGCGACGAAUCCGCCUCUUCUGCCGAAGAUUCAGAAGACGACUCAGAUUCAGAUUCGGGCUUGGCUGCCAAGCACGGCAGUUCAUCGAGCGCCUCAGACACGUCAGACUCAGGGUCAGAUUCAGACUCAGACUCAGAUACGAGUAACUCCGACUCCGGCUCUGACUCCGAUGACAGCGAUGCAAGCGCUCCCCCUGACGUUCUAUCAUCCAAGGACGGCCGCAAGACUACAGCAACAAAGCACGUUCCUCCAGGGCAGGGACUCAAAGCCACAAAGGUCCGAAACUCUCGACGCACUAGAGUAAAUCGUCUUCGUCGGCUGAUAGCAUCUGGUGUGCUCCCUGAGGGUGCGGGUCUGAGCGACCUGAAGAAGUACGAGGAAGGAAACUUUGGCCAGCCUGAAGCAGAAGAGGUCUCUGCUAGCACACAGCCCUUUUCCAAAUCGCAAGGCAAAAGAAAACGCUUAGAUGACGAGGGUUCUGCAGCUGAAGAUGCUUUACAGCUUGAAAAAAGAAAACAAGAGCUGAUGGCAAAGUUUGGAGAUAAUCUGUCUGGUCCUGUGCCAUCAAUUGACUCGGUGCAAACGCAGACAAUACCAUUGGAUGAAGCACCCGCUGAGAAAGCAGUUGCUUCGAGAAGGCUACGACCAGAUACUGCUGCAAUUGGUCGGAUACUUGCUCGGCAAGCAGCACCAGUGGCUAGAAAGGGAAGAAACAAAGCAGCCGUGGAUGAAGUCGCGGAGCCUGAAGGGGCAUCAGACCCUGAUUUCUGGAAGUCGCGUAUCAAUGUGUCUGCCUUUGAGUGUUGGGAUGAGGAGUUUGAGCUUAGUGCUCCGCCGUUUCCAUUCGAGCAGCACUGGGACCCUGCUAGUAAGGCGAUGCGGGAAAAGGCGGCAAAGAAGAAACAGAAGAAGAAGCAGAGUCAUGCACCACAACAAACAUAUGCAACGCAGGAGGAAGAUGAGGAAGAUGAGGAAGAGAAGAUUAUUCUGGACUACGACGAUGCCCCUGCAGCCAACAAUGAGUCGGAGAUUAUAGAUGCAGCGAUUGAGGAUCAGCUCCAACAAGACCUUGCGACAGCCGGGCAAAUCGAUUUGGCGCCACUGCCCGAGGACAUGAGUACUUUGCCUGAUCUUACCGCAGCGGACAUGAAGAAGGGUGCGAUAAUUGCAUGCAAGUUCUUUACCGUUAACCCUAUCACUGUCACACCUGAAAUUAGCGGAUUCAAGACUGCGACUGUGGAGCACGAAGGGGACUCAGGACCUGGCGCAGGGACAAUCCAAUUGAGGAUUGCAGCGCGCGACCUGGUCAAGAAGGAGAAGAAGUUUGACGGAAAAGGCAAUCGAGUCUACAAUGCGGCUGAUGCAUUGCUGAUGGAGAGUGACGACGAAGAGGAUGGCUUAUGGGAGGGGCAGUUUGGCGAACUCUUGGAAGCAAAGCUGGUGAAGGCUGCAUAG